GCUAGAAGACGAAGAAGCCGAGCAGCCGGGCUCGGUCCCGCGGGCUCACGCGUAGCUCGCGCAUUCCAUUGGCACCAGGCAUCGGCUCAUAAGGCGGGUCGGAGGUUUGACGUCGCUGGUCGGCGCCAGUCCACACCGCGGCCAAGCACCAUCGGCCAGCCGGCGCUGCCCCGCCGCUGCCCCGCCACCGCCGACGUAGCCAGAGGGCAUUCACGGUGCGCCUCUCGUGGCCACUGUCGAGGCGCGUGGGCAGGAUGUCUCGCUGCAGCUCGUCGUCCACCACGGUGGAGAUAGUGGAGGGCGGGUCGUGCCCGGCGCGCUCCCCGUCGCCGAGCGUGUGCAUCGUGAGCGGUGCCGAGCCGCGCCCUCCGUCGCCGACCGUGUGUAUCGUGAGCGAGACGCGGAGGCCGCCCUCGCCCAGCGUGUGCAUCGUGCGAGACGAGCCCCGGUCGGACAGCUUCUGCGUCGUGAGCAGCAAGCGCUCCGCGUCUCCCACCACCGUCUACGUGGUGAGCGAGGGCGAGCAGCAGCAGCCGCGGAGGCCCGCCCGGUCGCCGAACGUGUGCAUCGUCACGACGUGCCCGCCGCCGCCGCCUCGGACGUCCGACGUGUGCAUCGUGACGGAGGGGAGGCCGCCCUCGCCCAGCGUGUGCAUCGUCACGGAGACGUGUAGGCCACCGUCCCCCGCACGGGUGGAGGUCAUCGAGACACCCAAGCGGUCGUCGUCGACCAUCAUCAUCCAGGAGUAGGCGCCGCGGCCUGCAUCCCCGCCGGUCUCGCCAUCGCCGGUGGGUCGUCUCCGGAUCGCGACUCGCCGCGGGGCGCACUGGCCGGCGAGUGAAACCUACGGGUGGUCGCGCAGUUCCAGACAUCAUGCCACCGCAUCCUGUCCAGAUAUGGAAAGUGGGCGCCUACCUCGUUGGCACAGGGCGCCCAUGGCGCGCGCAUCUGGACGGGGCACACGCAUCUGGGCGGGGCACGACGAAGGAACCGAGGCGGCGGCUCACAAAAUUUUCGUAGCCACCGCGAAAUAAAGGUGUGGCGUAAUGAGU